AUGCCAAGCAUAUGGCACUACCUGAAUCAAACUCGAGAACGUGCGCGCACUUCUGGCGAAGAAGAUAUCACCUUCACAGUGGGUGUCAACUUGUUCGAGACAUGGGCUGCAUUUGUCGGCACAACCCUGCGCUGCUGCAUCCAACCUGCUGUUGAGCUCUGCUGCUCGGACUGCCCGGGCGGUGAUUCUACUUGCUAUUGCUUGCUUUGUUUUCUGGAAAACGGGUUUCAAGAAGGUUACGAUGGAGUAUCUAGGUGGAAGUCAGUGUUCCGUCAGUUGUUUCCCUCAAGAGAUUCGGCAGAAGGCUUGGCACAGCCUUCCUACGGAUCACGCAAAGUGCCGGUGAAGGAUUCGGACUGGCAAAGCUCGGCUGACAAAAGACCUCAGCGAGUCACAGCCCUCACCAAAGUCGUUGGUUGGAACCGAAAUGCCGCGGAAUUGACUGGCUUUUGCAAGGUGUCUAAAGGUGCCAAAGCAGAUGAGCUUAAGAAGGCAUACCGGCAGAAGUCCUUGAGAUAUCACCCCGACAAGAAUCCUUCGCCUGAUGCAAAACCAGUCUUUCAGAAAAUCACAGAAGCGUACUCAAUUCUGUCAGAUGAAAAGAAGCGACUCAAGUACGACAAGUCUGGCGACAUGGACUUGGAGGACUUUGACAUAGAUCAGUUUAUGAACAUGUGGGUUGGCGAGAUGAUGGAAGACGGUGGAGUUGUAGAUGACAUGAUGCAGUCAGUCCUGCCUUGGACCAAUGAUGAUGACAAGAUGCUUCAGUUCAUGGAAGAGCCCCUUGGUAUAUCUUGGAGGUUGUUCAGGCAGUGCCACGAUAUUCAAAAAACAAAGCUGGGUAAUUUUCAGUAA